AUGUCUGGGAUCCCUCCGGACACAUGGCAACCUCCCACUGUUACAAUGGAGACAACGAUGGGGACAAUUGUGUUGGAACUCUACUGGAGACAUGCACCUAAAACCUGCAAAAACUUCGCUGAGCUGGUCAGAAGAGGCUACUACAACAAUACUAAGUUCCAUCGGAUAAUACAGAACUUUAUGGUGCAAGGUGGUGACCCAACUGGGACAGGUCGGGGUGGUGCAUCUAUUUAUGGGAAGCAGUUUGAAGAUGAGCUCCACCCGGAGCUUAAAUUUACUGGGGCUGGUAUAAUCGCAAUGGCCAAUGCUGGCCCAGAUUCGAAUGGAAGCCAAUUCUUCCUCACACUCAGACCCACCCAGUGGUUGGAUGGAAAGCACAGCAUUUUUGGAAGGGUGCACCAGGGGAUAGGAGUGCUCAACCGGAUUGGACUGGUGGAAACCAAAGGGCAAGAUCGACCUGUUGAUGAUGUGAAGAUCAUUUCAGCUUCUGUUGCUAACUAA